CUCGACUCCAUUCCACCGUUAACCCCACAACUCUCCUCUCCUCAUCCUCACCAUCGCCACCAUGUCAUCCAGCAUGGUUGCAUCCUCAUCGAGGCAGCUGCUCACUCGUUCGAGGAGCGCAUCCCUCCUUACGGUCGCUGCCUCAUCGUCGCAGCAGCUGGGAGCACGCAGCUUUGCCACCGUGCCCGAGUCGCCUACGCCCGUCCCUUCGUCCUCGUCUCAAUCACAACCACGUCUGGCAGCCCUCCGUGCCCGUCUGGCAGACGAAAAACUGGCAUCCGACGCCGUUCACUCCUCUCCUCUUCCCCCACCAGGCAGCCGUGUAGCCUUUGGCCGUACAAAUGCCCCUCGUCUCCCUUCGUACCUCAAGACCUCGAUCCCUACCGGCGACUCCUUCAAGCAGAUCAAGAAGGACCUGCGUGGUUUGGGGCUAAGCACCGUCUGCGAGGAGGCACGUUGCCCGAACAUAGGCGAAUGCUGGGGUGGAGGAGGCAAGGAGAAGGCUACUGCCACCAUCAUGCUAAUGGGGGAUACCUGCACGCGUGCCUGUCGAUUCUGCUCCAUCAAGACCAGCCGCACACCAGGUGCAUUGGAUCCACACGAGCCAGAGAACACGGCAGAGGCGAUCCGUCGAUGGGGAUUGGGGUACAUUGUGUUGACCAGCGUGGACAGGGACGAUCUACCUGAUGGCGGUAGCAAGCAUAUUGCCGAGACCAUUGCCAAAAUCAAGAGCAAGGCGCCCGGUACGCUGGUGGAGGCGCUUGUGCCAGACUUUCAGGGGAAGUUCGAUGAGGUGGACCGCGUAGCUAGGAGUGGAUUGGACGUUUAUGCACACAACGUCGAGACGGUGGAGCGUACUACACCGCGGGUGAGGGACAGGCGCGCAGGAUAUCGUCAGACCUUGAGCGUUCUCAAGCGCGCCAAGGAGGCUCAACCUGGCCUCAUCACCAAGACGAGCAUCAUGCUCGGCUGUGAUGAGACGGAUGAGGAAGUUCUGCAAACUCUCAAGGACCUCCGCAACGAGGCAGACGUAGACGUUGUCACUUUGGGCCAGUACAUGCGCUCUAGUAAGCGCUUGAUGCCCGUGAGCGAGUAUGUGCCGCCAGAGAAGUUUGAGUAUUGGAAGCAAAAGGCGGAAGAGUUGGGUUUCCUCUACGUGGCGAGCGGGCCGCUCGUGAGGUCGUCGUACAGGGCUGGAGAGUUCUUCAUUGAGAAUGUCUUGAAGAAGAGGAAGGAGCAGAUGGGACAGGGUAGCGCAAUCAAUGCCGCUGCUGUUGAGGGGGCUGAGGCGAAGUCAGAGGAGAUUAGGGCGAGGUGAGAAAGCGAGGUCGAGGAAGUCCAGAG